AUGUCAUCCUCUUCUCAAUUGAAAUGGCUUUCCAGCCUUAACGUCAUGGAAACCCCAGACAAGUAUUAUCGUCGUUCCUCUAUUAUUGGUACCAUUGGUCCAAAGACAAAUAGCGUCGAAAUGAUGGUCAAACUUAGAAAAGCCGGUCUUAACAUUGUCCGUAUGAACUUCUCCCAUGGUUCGUAUGAGUACCACCAAUCUGUCGUUGACAAUGCCAGAAAGUCCGAAGAAGUUUACCCAGGUAGACCUUUGGCCAUUGCUUUGGACACUAAAGGUCCAGAAAUCAGAACUGGUACCACCAUUGGUGACAAAGAUUACUCUAUUCCUGCUGGUCACGAAAUGAUUUUCACCACCAAUGACGAAUAUAAGACCAAGUGUGACGACAAGGUGUAUUACAUUGACUACAAGAACAUCACCUCUGUCAUCGAAGUUGGCCGUAUCAUCUACGUUGAUGAUGGUGUUCUUUCCUUUGAAGUCUUGGAAAAAGUCGACAACCAAACCCUUAAAGUCAAGUCCUUGAACGCCGGUAAGAUCUGUUCCCACAAGGGUGUUAACUUGCCAGGUACCGAUGUUGACUUGCCAGCUUUGUCUGAAAAGGAUAAGGCCGAUUUGCGUUUCGGUGUCAAGAAUAAGGUCCACAUGGUUUUUGCCUCAUUUAUCCGUACUGCCGACGAUGUCAUCCAAAUCCGUAAGGUCUUGGGUGAAGAUGGUAAAGACAUUCAAAUCAUUUGUAAAAUCGAAAACCAACAAGGUGUCAACAACUUUGAUGAAAUUCUCGAAGUCACCGAUGGUGUCAUGGUUGCUCGUGGUGACUUGGGUAUUGAAAUUCCUGCUCCACAAGUGUUUGCUGCUCAAAAACAACUUAUUGCCAAAUGUAACUUGGCUGGUAAGCCAUGUAUUUGUGCCACCCAAAUGUUGGAAUCUAUGACUUACAACCCACGUCCAACUCGUGCCGAAGUUUCUGACGUCGGUAACGCCAUUCUUGAUGGUGCUGACUGUGUUAUGUUGUCUGGGGAAACUGCCAAGGGUAACUACCCAAUCGAAGCCGUCACCAUGAUGCACCACACCGCCUUGCUCGCCGAAAAAGCUUUGCCAUACGGUGCUCUUUAUAACGACAUUCGCUCUUGUCAACCACGUCCAACUGAAACCGUGGAAACCAUCGCUAUGGCUGCUGUCAGUGCUUCAUAUGAACAAAACGCCAAGGCCAUCUUCGUCUUGAGUACUUCUGGUACCUCUGCCCGUUUGUGUUCUAAAUACCGUCCAGUCUGUCCUAUCGUUAUGAUCACCAGAAACCAACACUCUGCUAGAUACUCUCACUUGUACCGUGGUGUUUAUCCAUUGGCUUACAACAAGGAACCUCUUGCUGACUGGCAAGCCGAUGUGGAAAUCAGAUUGAAGACUGCCAUUGAAGAAGCCAAAAAGAUGAACAUGAUUCAAGAAGGUGACUCCAUUAUUGCCAUCCAAGGUUGGACCAAGGGUUUGGGUCACACCAACACUAUGAGAAUUUUGACUGUUUAA